AUGGCGCUUUCAAUAAUUUAUUGGGCUAAAUAUGUUGACAGCCAUAGUACAUUAAGUAGAAAAAGCGAAGCUUCCGUCGAAAGUGGACGCGUUUUACGAUUUGUUAUCGAUGAACUGAGGGUUGUUACAGCUUGUGUACAGGCAUCAAUGAAGAACACUUCGUAUAAAGUACAGGUAUAUUUUCGCUGCGGUCAGGAAGAUAAUGGCCUUGUACAGUCGACCUCUUGCGAGUGUCCCAUGGGGCAAUACAAAUGCCAUCAUGUAGCAGCAGCACUAUUGUUUGGGUAUAAGAGAGCAAGCAAAACUGAUUUAAAGUGCAGUUGGCUAAAACGUCCCAUGUCUGCUCCACCAAAGUCUACAGUGACCAUGAGUGAACUUUAUCCUGAAAAGCAAACCGGAUACAGCUUUUCAUUGGAUACUGUCGGAGGAGCCAGCAUCUCAGGCAGCGCCAGUGCCAUUGGUUGAAGACUUGUUGCAGAGCCCUGAAAACCUGUCAGAAUCACAGCCACAUACAUGGUUAUUGGGUAAACUUGUGCGGAGUACUGAAGAAAUAAAAUUGACUGCAUCUGUGACUAGAGGCC